AUGGCAAAGACUGCAACUGAAACCAAAACCAAGUCAGCGACCAAAGCUGCAAACAAUAAGACCAAAACCACCAAAGAGGAUAAGGCUGAUAAGCCCAAGCGCGAGCCCACUGCCUACCAACGCUUUUGCAAAGAGAACAUGAAGAAAUGGAACGAGGAGAACCCUGGUCGUGCAAAGGAGGCUAUGUCGCAUAUCGCCGCCAUGUGGAAAGACUCGCCAGAGAACCCCAACCGGGGACAGGAUGCCAAAGCACGAAAGCCCAAAGAGCCCAAAGCAGCAAAGGAGCCCAAGGAGCCCAAAGCUAAGGCCGCUCCUCGUAAGAAGGCUGCUCCCAAGAAAGCUGCGAAAGCGAAAGACGAAGAAGACGAGAGCGAGGACGCCGACGAGGACGAGGACGACGACUAA